AUUUUGGUAAAACAUGCCUGGAACCACUACAAGUCUGGAGGCGUUCCUCCAUUUACUUAAUGGCCAGAUAGGGAGCGGCAUACUGUCUAUGCCCGCGGCAUUUGGAUUAUCAAAUAAGAUAGGAUGGUGGAUUAGUAAUCGCGUCAAUCUGCACCCCGAUAAUCGAGUAAAUGAAUACAUAUGCGAUGAACUGGAGCUACCCGUACAGGACUAUGAACAGGUCGCCGAGCUAACAGUUGCACAUGGACCACCAACAUUACGUAGUUGGGCUAAAACAGCCAGGUUCAUAACAUCACUAUUCAUAGUGGCCAGUCAGUUGGGAGCCUGUGCUGUGUACUACCUAUUUAUUGCCGAGAAUUUAAAAGCUUUCGAUAAGGACUCCCUGUCCACUAGAAAAAAGGGCAUGCCACUAUACCGCACAAUGGCUAACCCUAAGGCAUUCGCCCGUCCCAUAGUGGGCGUAGUAGACCUGGUUAACAUCAUUAUAAUUAGCCUGAACUUUCUACUCGGUCUAUUGGGAUAUCUGAAAUAUGGUGAUGAUGUAGGCGCUAGUGUCACACUAUCCCUGCCUAAUGAGCCCAUUUUCCAAAGUGUCCAGUUGAUGUACGCGUUUGCCGUACUAAUGACAUACCCGAUCACCAUGUAUGUGCCCAUUGAAAUGCUAUGGCCUCAAAUCAAUAAUAAGUUGGUGGAUAAGAAAAUGUCACCCCUAACGCCAUGGCGUUUCACCGGUAAUAAGUUCACCGGUCAAGGGGCUCGAGCAUGGCUAUUUGGUAGAAAUCUCACAAUCACCGUGAUCGGUUUAUUGGCAUUUGUAUUGGGCACGUAUUAUAGUCUCAUGGACUUAGUUACCGCGGUCUCUAUCGAUCACAUGGAAAAUUAG